CUGUUCUUCGACUCCGAUGCGUAAUAACGGAACUGCCAGGUUCCGUCUCUUCUGUCGCUAGUUUACGCCAACGGCUAUACAAACAACUCUGUCCAGACGUGUUUAGGAUCUUUCUAGCGCUAUAACAUCGCGAGUCCAGCACAGCAGAAUGUCCAAGCAACAGCUGGCUGUGGAGCGUGCCAGGAAAGCAUUCCGCACGGGCAGGUCAAAGCCCCUGGAAUACCGCAUCACGCAGUUGAAGAACUUGCUGAGGUUGUUCGAGGAGAGACAAAAGGACAUUGCUGAUGCUUUGAAGAAAGAUCUGAACAAGAGUCCAAAUGGCGUCCCCCUGUACGAGACGCUGGGUCUGGAGGGAGAGAUCCAGACAGCCGUGAAGCAGCUGAAGGAAUGGGCCGCCCCUCGGCCGGCGGCCAAGACUCUGCUGACCUUGUCGGACGAGGUGUACAUCCACCCGGAGCCCCUGGGGGUGGUGCUCAUCAUCGGCGCCUGGAACUACCCGUGGGCCGUCACCAUACAGCCCCUCAUCGGAGCUAUUGCAGCAGGUAAUGCAGCAGUGAUAAAGCCCUCUGAAGUCUGUGUCCAUACUGCUAAAGUUAUGGAAGAUGUCCUGCCCCUGUACAUAGACAAGGAGUUGUAUCCGGUGGUGUCGGGGGGCGUUCCGGAGACGCAGGAGCUUCUGAAGCAGCGUUUCGACCACAUCUUCUACACGGGGAACUGCGCAGUGGGCCGCAUCAUCAUGGAGGCCGCCUCCAAACACCUCACCCCCGUCACACUCGAGCUCGGUGGCAAGAGCCCCUGCUACAUCGACAAGAACUGCGACCUCUCCGUCGCAUGCAGACGUAUCACCUGGGGGAAGUACACCAACUGUGGCCAGACCUGCAUCGCCCCUGACUACAUCCUGUGUGACCCCAGCAUCCAGGACAAAGUCAUCGAGGAGAUCGGCAAGAAUGUCAAGGACUUCUACUCAGAGAACCCCAAGACCUGCCCCGACUACGGUCGCAUCAUUAACCAGCGGCACUUCAAGAGAGUGAUGGCCCUGACCGAGGACAGCACGGUGGCCCUGGGAGGGGAGGGGGACGAGGACGACUGCUACAUAGCCCCGACGGUGUUGCGGGACGUGAAGCCCGAGGCCAAGGUGAUGCAGGAGGAGAUCUUUGGGCCUCUGCUGCCCAUCAUCACGGUGGAGGGCGUGGACCAGGCCAUCGACUUCAUCAACGACCGCGAGAAGCCACUCGCACUAUACGUCUUCUCUCCCGACCCCAAGCUAAUAAAACGUGUGCGUGACGAAACCACCAGCGGUGGAUUCUGUGCCAAUGACUGCCUGAUGCACUUCUCCGUCAAUGCCUUGCCAUUUGGUGGCGUGGGUAACAGUGGGAUGGGCGCCUACCACGGCAAGCACAGUUUCGACCAGCUGAGCCACCUGCGGGGCUGCCUGGUGAAGCAGCUGAAGAUGGAGGGCAUGAACAACAUGCGCUACCCGCCCCACACGCCAGACAAGCUGGGCUGGGCACGCUUCUUCAUCCUCAAGGAAGGGACCGUCACCAAGACAUUUAAGAUGGCCGCGCUAGCCAUGCUGGUGGUCCUCGCUGCUGCAAUCAUCCAGAGAUUCUUUGCCUGAUUAAGAAAGAAAGUCCACAGCCUGGCUGACAGCAGUCUUCCACGAAGUAAACAAGAACACAGUAUGCCAUCUAGUGGUAGUUCACCGCAAUACACUAUGCACACACCACUGACCUUGACCUAUGAAGGGACUGUAUAGGAGUUGGUCAUUUUUACCUGUAAGCAAGGCUUCUUGUACAAUUAUGUGAUUGUAUGAUUAGGCACUAUUACUAACGACCAUUUCAUCAAUAUUUUCAAUGUUUUAAAAUGAUUUUUCAUGAAGUCAUGAAAAGGCACUUUCAUUUUUGGUUUUAUGGCAGCAUUUCAUUUUUGGAGAUCUUUUUAAUUGAAAUAGAUUUUGUAAUGUAAUGAAGGAAAACUGAAUUGUACCACAUUUGCCUCAUCACUAUUGUACCAAUGCUUUAAUUUCAUUCUCCCAGUUGCCUUCAUAUUCCAUGAUGAUAUUAUGGUCCGUUGCAUUCCUCAUGAUGGCGUAGGAAUCGACACUGUUAUUCUGUUGAUUCCAAGAUGGAGUUAAGGAAAGUUUUCAGCGAAGGAUAUUUUAAUACUUAACAUUUCAUUUUAAAGGAAGGAUUUAUGAGGAGAUGUGUUAUAUAAAGAUGACUGAUGGGGAGGAAGUCAGACAGUGAAGUUCGUUUUUGUAUUGUCUAAACAUUAAGGACCGUUAUUAUGCAAAUAUUAAGCUGCUAUGAACAUGACCAAUUAAUAUACACUGACAUUGUGUAUCCAGUAAGCAGUGUGCUUAGCCUUUUAUGUUCUUUAAUGAAGCACAUUUUCAAGUAAAUUGUGAAGCAUUUACUAAGUCUGUACAUUUCAAUUGUGUAUGAAGUCCAGCAUACGAAGUGGUUUUGAAGACUUUAUGCAUUAAAGAAACCGUUUAUUUGCAAACAAAAUAAAUAAUCUUUCCUAUAAAUAUA